AUGAAAGAUUCAACAUUGACGCAGUUGGUAGAAGUGGUAAAGAACGGUUGGCCGUUGGACAAGUCAAUGUUAUCACCGUGUCUUCGACCAUUUUGGUCUUUCAAAGAAGAAAUUACAGUUUAUAAAGAAGUAUUGUUGAAAUCGCAUCAAGUUAUUAUACCUGUGACAUUAAGAAAAGAAAUGUUGGAGAAGAUUCAUAAAGCUCACCAAGGAGCUGAUAGCAGCAUCCGACGAGCGCGAGAAGUUCUAUUUUGGCCAGGAAUGUCCGCUGAUAUUCGUCCAUGUUGUGAUGCGUGUGGAGUUUGUGCUCAGUUUCAGAGAGAGAAACCGAGGGAGCCGAUGAAGUCACAUGAAGUGCCUGAGUUACCGUGGGUUAAGAUAAGUGUGGACUUAUUUCAGUUAGAUGGAAAGAACUACAUGGUGAUGGUUGAUCAUUAUAGCGACUUUAUUGAGCUUGAUUAUUUGAAGAAUACUACUGCCAAUACAGUUAUUAAAGCCAUGAAGAAGAAUUUUGCAAGACAUGGAAUCCCGAAGGAGUGCGUUAGUGAUAAUGGGCCACAGUUUGUAAGUUUUGAAUACAAAUCGUUCGCGAAAGAGUACGGAUUUUUAUCAGUGACAUCCUCCCCUUACUGCAGUAAAGGCAAUGUUAAAGCGGAAUCGCCGGUUAAAGUGGCGAAAAAGAUCUUGAAGAAGUCUGGACAUGAAGAUCCAUAUCUGGCGUUGCUAGCAUAUCGCUAUACUCCACAACAAGGAUACACAUAUUCGCCUGCUGAAAGAUUGAUGUCGCGAAGAUUAAGGGAUAUUAUUCCAGCAAUAUCGACGCGGUUACGACCGCGUUCAGUUGAUGAUUCCGUGGUUAAGGAAGAUAUUAGGAAGAGAAGAAGGCAGUCAAAGAUCCAAUAUGAUAAGAAAGCAUCACAGCCAGUCGAGGAGUUGGAAAUUAAGGAUCAUGUUUGGGCGAAACCGCGAGAGAAGAACAAGCCAUGA